AAAGAGAACUUGAAUUGAAAUUAUAACCACUGGGGGAGAAUAUAAACUUCAUGAGAGACUGAAAAGACUUAUAAUACGGAUGAUCGGAUUCGCACAAAAGGAUUUGGUGAAAUAGGAGGCAUGUUAUUGAAAUGUUCUUGUGUUUUUGUUCGUUGUUAACGAAUGGUUACCUUCGAAAGUCGAACACGCGGGGCGGCAGAUAUAAGACUGACGCAGACGAUAUUUUCGGUUCAUAACUUUGAAGAUGGCACAGUUUAUCGCUGUAGGUGGAUGAUACAAAACUAAAGAACGCGGGAUUCACUUCUGAUUGCAACAGUCACUUAAAAUAAGUUGGUUGAGAAGCGCGCGCGGGGAUUCGUAGCUGCCACGAGAACGAUAAGGAAUACUUGUGUGACAGCGAGAAGAGCUCCCUCGAGGAACUGCAGACUUGAUGAGUCAAGUGACAAGAGCCAUUGAUGGAUUAGGCAUUUCUCAAUACUCUCAUUGAGAUAACAUUACCCGAAAUCUUUCUGUGGCAAAGAGUCGUGAAUCACAAUAAAUAAACAAAAAUCGACUUGGUGAGACAAUUUGAAGUCCAAUAGAGUUUAUUAUAAAACUGAAAAAACGGGCUUUCGCAAGAAACAAUCAACAAAUGCGAGUUAAAACGCUGACUCAGGACCCUUUCACACGUAUCUAGCAUUGUGAAUCAGACGCCGAAAUCAGGAAUUUCGCGUUCGAGGACUUUCACUGUCUCCUAAAUUGCGGCACAUUCUUGUCUGCGUUGGCGUUUAUUGUGUUGCUCAGAAGUUCAAGAUAGGACGUGAUUCUUUAUUUUACUAAACAGUUGAUGCUGCACGUGGAUGCUGAACGUUGAUGGCUCCUACAGCAAAACGCAUCCCAAUGAAAGUCGUUCGUCGCAACGCAACCUGAGCGGAGAUUUUACUAAGAGUGCAAAUUAGAUAUUACGCAAAUAAUUUAGGAGUUUGACUUGUGGAUGAUACAGACAUUUUGUUAAAUCAGACUUUUCUUGGAGUACAUUAACAAAUUCUUGGAACUUGAGAUCGUCUCCAUCGAUUUAAAUUUCAGCUUUGCGUGGAUUUUCCCGACACUGAACCCCGAGCUUCCUGCUGGUUCUUAUCUCACUUAAAUAUGAGCGUACAGAAGCUUUCUCACGGGCUGAUGUCGUACCUUGGCCACUUGAGGCACAUGUGUCCCAUCCCGGAGGUAACUGACGCCCAGGACACCAACAACAACCAAGUGAAGGACGCCUUAUCACUGACUCGCCAAGGAAUGCAGCAUCCUAUAAACGCCACCAUUAACCACCUCAUGUGCGACUUUUGCAGCCCGCCGAAGGGACAUAGGCCUACUGGUACUCGUAAGGCAAAAACACAACACAAUACCAAAAAAGUUGCAACGAUGAGUCGCCGGCUGACUAAGGAUGAGUGCGAUUUGAUUCUACAAGGGGCAGUUGUUCUGGCUUGCGGUGGAGGCGGCCCUUUGAACUUUGCGAGAUACAUCUUAGAUGAGCUGGACGAAGAUGACAUGGCUGUUGUCGAAUCUCCAGAAAACGUAGGUGAUGAGGAAUGGAUGACGAUGAUCGCGCUGGUGGGCACCCCAUCAAAGGUCCAGAACAACAAAACUCACACGCCGCGCCCACGGUCACGGAGGACAAGUCCAUGGGGACCGAGUCCACAGAUCAGUCCGCGCACCAGUCCUCGCCAGAGCCCGAGAUCAAGUCCGAGAACCAGUCCAAGGUCGUCGCCUGCAACCAGCCCGAUAUCGUUCAAGGAGGCUGGGAACCGUUUGAAAGCAAUCAUAAAUAAGGGCACGGAGGAGUCGGAAAGCCCAAAGCCCUCAUUUUACGAACUGGUAAAGCAUGUAAUGCGAGUGAAGUUCCUGUGCACUGCUUUCGGCGCUAACUCGAUACCGGAGCCUGGAGAUCCGCACACGCCGAACAAUGCCGCGAAAAACACAUUCCUGUAUCUCCAGAAGCAGUGCCAGUUGAGAUCAAGCGACAAACUCCAUUACAACAGAUACAAGAACUUUGACCAGUUCUCAUACAUUCUCACAGGAGAGCUGGGCGCGGUCAAUAUGGCGACUGCUCUGUACUUGUCUGCGAUUAACGGAGUAGCGGUGGUGGAUUGUGACGGUGCGGGGCGGUCUGUCCCUCUUGUCAAUCAGAUCACAUACGCAGACAAGUUCACGGUCUCCCCUACCGCCAUCAUGUCGCCUCAACCCGGGCCGGAUUUCGACAGUAUAGCGUCGACGUUGCUUGAUUUUCCGUGCGGUACGGAAAAGAUGGUUGAGGAGGUUGCGGCAGCGCUAAUCGCGGACGAAAAUGGGCCUUUUCACCCGUAUAUCGGCUACGGAACUUACGUCAUCACUGGGGAACAGAUGGGCGACGUGCCCGUGUUUGGUUCCUACACGAUUGCAUUGGAGGUGGGCAAAGCUAUGAAUACGUUUUAUGGGGAAGAACGCGCUCUGACGAUCUCGCAAGUAUUGACGUCGCACGGACGAAGCAACAUCAUUGCGUUCCACGGCUAUGUUACGGAGAAAGUUCUCCAGAACAACAGAGUCAAAGACACUGGGUACCUAGUGAUUACAGACAUUGAUAACUCACAAAACACGCUGAAACUUUGGUACAAGAAUGAGAUUAUUCUGGCCGGACGGCCGGGUGAGUCCCCGUCUUUUAUGGCCCCUGACUCGAUCUGUAUCCUGCCCGCGCACGAGGGCCCCAUGGACAUCUCCUCAAUCCCGGACCCUGCAUCCGCCGAGUGUCGUCUGGAAGUCUUCAUUUUGAUCAUACAAGCAGACGACAAAAUCAAAAAUCCAAAAGUUGUGAAAAGUUUCGAGAGUAUUUACAAAUUGUUUAAGUGCGAUGAGGACAACACCUGCUAUGAUGGUGAUUAUAAGCCGUGGUGCAAAGAUGAACGAAAUGACAGUGAAGAGUUGUUCAGAGUCGAAAAUGUCAUCACUGUACAUGCCAUGCCACCCACUCCAUUUCGAAAGGACUUUUUCAAAGAUUCGCAAAAAGGGGACCAGUGGGUAUUGUAACCAUGAUCCACCAUAUGUAUGUAAAAUGUUCGUCAGCAAAGGUGCUUAAAGUGUAUUUUCCCCUAGAAAAUUAUUUAGUCCUACUGCGGGGUUUGGUCCUGGGUUGAUUUAUCAUAAGUGCGAAAAUUGAAUGGAAAGUUCAGUUUCCACUUCAAAUCUAACUGGCGAAGUGCACUGGCGCUGGUGUAGAAGUUAGACCGUCCUGGGAUCGAAUGUCCGGGGAACAAAGAAUACUGUUUUGUGCUUCAAUCCCGUAAAAUUACAGAUUUUACGAACUGUCUUUCAAGUCUACUAGAAAUUCGUAUUGGCCUAGUCACGGGUUUUUGUCUGUAUAUACAUAUUUGUCAAUUUUCCUUGUAUUAUUUUUGAUUCAUAAAUAAUUAUUAUAUGUUGGAUUCUAUUGCCUUUUCGUUGUAAAUAUUAUUUAUGGCUACAUUCCAAAAGUAUAGAAUUACGUAAAAUUCAUUUUCAAGAACUCAAGUGCCGGUACAGAUCAAUAUCGCACUGUGCCUGUAUGCAAUCUGAACGGUAUUUUUAAUAGCAAAAUGCGGUUAGGAAUAUUAAAUUUGCACUUUUCUGUCUUUACGGAAUUUGAUUGAGAGGACGCGGCGCCCUUACGCCAAAUCAUUAUUCUUACAAGCACGAUAUACCACGUAACUAGCCCUUAUUACUACAGGUUACCCAAAAACAUUCACAAGUAUUUAAAAUAACUUUUUUGCCCAACAACGUUCGUUAGAAUAGCCAUGACGAGUAAGUCAAAUUAUGAUAGACAACGAUUGAUAGCAAAUAUAGAAAUUGGUGCUCGGUGUGUAUGAAACCGGACGCGAUUUUUUCCAAAUCGGCAUGCAUUUUUGUAACCAUUAUACAGUAUACGAAUAUUUUAUUUCUGCCUUAAUAAAUGUAUGACUGACAUACGCAAAACCAGCAGUGUAUGACCGGUCACACACAGCUGGUGUCAUGAAGAACGAACAAGUCAUUUCCAAAGAGCGGGCUACAUACGAUUCACGAUGUCACCUUUCACUAUAACCUAGUGUUUGCAAGGUCAAACUCGUGACAAACGAAACAGGACAAAUGACAACAUGAAUCCUAUAUAACUCCGGUCUUCUGGCUAUCAAUCUCGUGAUAUGUUCAUAAUACAUUUUAAACUGAUGUCCUAUGAAAUUGCGUGAUUGCGUGAUCAACAAUUUUGCCAUCUUUUUUCCUUUAGAGAAGGCAUCUUAAUUUUUCAUCCAAGGAGGUUAUUAUAUGUACAUAGGUUCAUCAUGUUGUGACUAUUUCCUGUAUUAUAAAUGUAAAUACUGGUACAUUUACAUGUAAUCAGAGAGGAUACAAUGUAUAUUCCCUUUUCUAUUUCACGUUUCAAUAAAAUUUACUCAAAGAUAAAA